AGGAGCUCUUUAUCUUAUAAUUGAGAAAUCAUUUGACUCUCUCUCUCUCUCUCUCAAACCUUCUUUUGCAUCAAAAAGCCCGCAGAAGAGCUCAGAAGGAGAUUUCACGGACGAGGCGGAAGAGGAAGAGGAAGACGAAGAGGAGAGGACUCUUCUUCUCCCAAUCCCCAGCCCUACUGACGCUUCAGCUUCAGUUCCGUCGCCUCCGGAGCUUUCUCUCCUCGUAGCAUUCUCCCCCUGAUCGGCGAUUCUGCGAGAGGAGACCGGCUGCAAUGGGCUGCGCUGGAUCUUCGCAGGCGAAAGCAGACGGGGCUGUCAAAAAGAUUAGGAAACCGAAGCCAUGGAAGCACCCUCAACCAAUAACAAAGUCUCAACUUAUGCAGUUGCGUGAUGAAUUUUGGGAUACUGCUCCUCACUAUGGUGGCAGGAAAGAGAUAUGGGAUGCACUUCGGGCUGCUGCAGAAGCUGAUCUCACUCUGGCCCAAGCAAUUGUAGAUAGUGCAGGCGUCAUCCUACAGAAUCCCGAUUUGACGAUUUGCUAUGAUGAAAGAGGUGCCAAAUAUGAACUCCCGAAGUAUGUUUUGAGUGAGCCCACUAACUUGAUACGUGACAGCUGAAAGCAGAGGGGUUUGCGCGAUGUGACAAAAGAUUCAAUGUAAAUCGUGUAUAUUAUUAUCCCAUUUGCUAUCAUAUUAUUUGCCUUGUUUGUCACCUUAUGACCUCGUUAACAAUUACUGCAUCGUUUACUGGGAAAACAUACCUGUGUUUGACACAAAGUGUUUCUUCGUUAAUCAGACUCAAAGCAGCUUUGACGAAAAGCCACUUUACUAUCU